CCGUAAAAUGAGCGAAGUUGAGUAACUGUUUACCAAUUUUCGGAGUCAUUAAAUUUUGCUGCACGUGUUUUAGCUGCCUAAAAUUUCAAAGUUUAUCCUAAAAAAAAUAACGUAAAACAAGCAAACAGUAGAAAUGGAUGGUGUUUCUAAAGUGUUCUGUAGUGUAAUGGAUAUGAAGACAUCCAACAUCCAUAGCGUAUUGACUGAUCUAGAAGAACAUCAAACGCUUUGGGCUGAGCCCAAGCAUGAAAUUGAUGGUUAUUUCGCCAAGAUAGGAUCGCUUCUGGGCAUCGCUUCGACCAGGGAUCGUGGUCUGGUGGCAUUGAAGCAUUUUGUGCCUCAGUGUCCUCUGGACGUCCUGGAGGACAAAAUGCAAUAUUACAUCAAUAUUUGUGCGAAGAUAUGUAACCAAAAGGGUCACCAGGCUAGUGUUCCGUUGGCCUAUGGGGUGCUUAAGCAAUUGUUAAAUAAAUCGCUACAAUCCACCGACCUGAAUAAAUUGAUGGUGAGUAAUAUUCCGAAAUUGUUAGAAAGCAUUAGUACUGCGAUCAAUCCCUCGCUGCAUGUGUCAGUUUUGGAUUUUCUGGAAACUGCUAUGCGUAGCUAUCCUGGAGUGACUGGCAUGGCAAAAAAUCGGAUCGAAGAUUUUCUCUACUCGCUUGUCGAUUCAGAAGAUACAGAAAUCGUAAAACGUACGGCAUCAUGCUUGCUACUGCUGCAACAAAUCAGAGGUGGCGGUCAGCAUGGCAGCCUUCAUAAGAAAACUUGGGACGAAUAUCAGUGUAAGCUGGUGAACACUGUUCACGAGCUUCUAGGACAGGUAUUCGCCCAUAUACCGGAGACCUUUGAUGUAGAGGAGAAUCUGGAAUGUUUGAAAUUUCCCAAACUUGUUGUCAACGAAGAACCUGUGACCGGUGCUCAUCAAACGGUGCGACGAUUGAUCAAUGUCAUUCACUAUUUAGAAGCAGCAAUUCUUGAACCCUAUCCUGUAGCUAAACCUAUUCGACCGAUGAAGGUGUUGAACGUUAUUUUCAGAGCCCAUUCGGUCAGUUGUGUUACUAUGGGAAAAACAGCGCUUCGUGAAAAUCUUGCCCUCGGUAUGAUGCUUCCUCAGGUCCAGCUUGAGCUGCUUCGGGUGCUGGAUGCUCUCGUGUUAGUUCUAAAGUCUAACGCACUUCCUUUCGGAAAUUUGGUCACAGACCUUUUCGAUCAGUGUUUGAAAGGUACUCUAACAACCAAUUCCAAGGGUCAGAAAAAAUCAUUUCUCGCCCUGCGAGUGCGUGUGUACGAGAGUAUCGUUCUUUGGUGCGAUACAUUACAUUAUGCUAGUGGCGUUGAGGAGAUCGCUGACAACCUGCUGGAACAUAUCGUGCAGGAUAUAACGCCAUUUGAACCGGAAGUGACACUUCAAGUAAAUGCUAGCGGGCAAAAGCUUUCGGCCAAAGCGAAAAGGAAACUACAAAAAGAACAAAACGCUUCGACUUCAUUAGUGAAAUGUCACUCCACCGAUGGCAUUCAGCGUAAACAUAGUACGAACGAUUCCGGGAACGACCUCCUGUGUCGAGUUGCACUUCGUUGCUUAACUAGCAUUCUGCAAUCUGCGGGAUGUUUCGUGAAACCUGUAAUGCAGAAGCUGCUUCAGGAGAAGAUUGUACAGUUGUGUUUCAAUGUAUUCGCUCAGAUCAAUCUGAGCAGCGAGCAGAACCUGUUCUCCGAGUUCAACUGUCGCAGAGCAUUGUUGACUGCUCUAAAUGCUUUGGUUGUAAAUCCACAUCACCUGUGCCCACCUCCUUUGCAGUACGCAGCGCAGUUGUUUAAUGUGGCCGAGGUACAUGAUCCUAAUUUGCAGGUUCGAAGGCAAGCAUCUCAACUGGCUCGGUCGGUCGAAACUCUUCUACAUCCACGGAAGGAAGUUUUCUAUUUUCCUGUGGAGGAAAAUGCGGUCAAAGAUAUGCUGAUAGCCAAAAAGAAACACCCACUCAAUGCAGCAUUCCCUGCUAAGCGUGACUACAACAAUCUAAACAAAUCCAUUACUUUCGACGAUGUUGAAGUUCGUGCUCAACAUACAACAUAUGCGCAGGAAAACGAAUCACCAGAAACGUCCUCGGAAUCCGAACCCGAACGUGAACAGAUUGCUGAGGUGGUUGAUGUAACCAUGGAGGAAAAUGGGCAACCUAAAACAGUUCCUCGUUUGAACGUGGAAAUGAACGAAAUAGAUUUGAACUGUGGGGAGUUACACAAAUCUAUUAACGAUAAAACUGUUGAGUCCCAAGCAAUCGAAAUUGAUUCAGACGAUGAGAUUGAAGUUAUAGAAUGCAACACUUCGGAAAAUAAAAAAAACGACCCAUAUGACCGAAACAGCGAUGUUGAACUGGUGGAAGAGAGCCCACAGCAGCUUGAUUCACCAGGUAAUCGUAAAUCGACUAUCGAAGAGAAGGCACUCCCACAAAGCUUAACUCCAAAUUCUGCAAAAAAACGUAAAGUCGAAAAAGAACUCUCUUGUGGUGACGUUGAAAACAAAUUAAGCAAACCGAGUGACACUGAAGAUCUUGAGGCGCGCGUUGAUGAUCUUGUGGCCGAGUUUGUGGACGAACUGAAUGAUGAAAUAUGAUCUGGUAUUAUGUUUUUUUAAUGUCUGUACAUUUAAAAUUACAAUAUCCAUAUGAAAACACCUAACAAAUAGUCGAAUCGAUAGUCGUUAUCAUUUCAGCACGUUUUGCGAUAAGGCAAUCCAGAUAAUCACUCUGAAUGUCUGUGUCGUUCGAACAGAGGUUCAACUCUGUUGCAUUGUACAGCUGCAUCCGAAACUCCCAAUCCCGGUAAAUCUCAACUUUUAGUUCCUCAUCGCUGUCAUCCGUUUCCUUUUGUCCACAACGUGUUUCUUGCUCCUGCAAGCUGCCGUAAAACUGUUUGAAAGACUUUGCCUCUUGGACCAGCAAAUCUUUUAAUGCACUAUCCAAAGAUUUGCAUUCGUCUGGAAAAGAUUUUAUCAAUGCUUCCAUCGCUUCUUCAUUUAUUACACCAUUCAGUUCUUCAAUCAAAUCCAGAUCGCAGGUAAAUAGCUUCUCGACUAUUGUUUCGUUGUCGGUUGAUUGGCUUAGCUUUAAAAAAAAAACAGAAAAUUUUAACAGUUCCAAAUUAAAUUGUUUUCUUUAAGAAAUACCUUUAAAAAAGCGGCAAGAAAAACUAUUAAAGUUAAGAAAAUUUUCAUUAUUAUAACUAGUUAAGGUACGUCUUGUUCUAAGUUGAAGUCUCUACUGCAGAAUUGAAUCAUUCAAAAUUGUCAAGUGCCAAAUACAAAGGCAAUUAAAUCUCUUUUAUUCCGGAUUACUGUUCCUUUUCCACCUUAUCAAGCGACCACAAAAGAUAAUAUUGGUACCUUUUAAAGGUAAAUGUUUGUUUUCUUUGAUAAGAUAUUCUUGCUAUGAUCAACUGUUUGUUACAUCAAGGGGUUCAUUUUUGCAGUUGAGGCUUGAGGUUAGUCAUCAAUUGUCUUGUUUAUGAUGCUAUUAUUAUUAUUAUUAUUAAGAUUAAAGACAUUUUACCAUUAAUAUGGCUUUCAUGUCUAAACAGUUUAAGUUUACAAUUCAUAGCUUAUCCGUAAGUUUACAUAAUUUAAUGAAUUUUAUAACAUUAUCUUCUUUGUCUGACCUACUCAAAAGAAUGUCAAAAAUAGAACCUGCUUCCAUUCCACAUGCAAGGCGGGCCUCGUCAUAUCCUCGACAAUCAACCAGUAUGUGUUGAACCGUUAAUCGCACUCCGCAAAAGGUGCAAUUUGGUGGUGUUGAUCGUUCCAUUAAGAAGCUGUGGGUCAACCUUGUAUGACCAAUUCGUAGUCGUGUUAAUAUUCGUUGUUCGGAUGCACAUUUUCUGUCAGUAUGAGCAUAGACGUCUGGUUUCACACGUCGCAAAAGGUUGUUUGAUUGAUUCCACUUUGCUUGCCAUGCUUCUUUUAUCCAGGUUUUAAUCGAACGGAUAGCGUCUGCUGCUGGAACAGGUAUAGUUACUGGGGUUUUUUUCCUUCCUUCGUUUGCCCAGUAGUCAGCUUUCUCGUUUCCUGGAAUGCUACAGUGACCGGGAACCCAAGCAACAGUCGCGUUGUUUUCGACCAAGGCCUUUUCUGCAUCUAAUAUCCAAGGGUGUCUUGUGUGUCCUUUCGUCAGGGCGUCGAUAUAACUUGCCGAUUCCGUGAAAAUAAUAGUACGUGGUUGAGAAUUCUCAGCUGCAAUUUUAAGAGCAUACGCCUCUGCAGAAAAGAUACUGCAUGAUUUAGGAAGCGAGCAACAUAGUUCUACCUCCCAUCCAACAACAGCUGAUCCGAUGUCAUCACCAAGUUUGGAUCCAUCAGUGUACUUAUGGUGGUAAUUCCCAUAUUUCGUUUCUAUCAUUUCGUUGAAAUACGUAACCACUUGAAGGCUUGGAUUCCCUGCUUUAACUUUCCGUCGCAUAUAGUUGUCUAUGCUGUAGAGAUUAAUAAGAACUAAGGAAAAGAGCAAUAAAAAAAAGACUACCCGCAUAAUCAAUUACAAUAUAUAGAGAAUAUUCUAUAUUGUCUCUAAACGUUAUCGUUUAUUGUAAAGUGAACAGUAUAUGUACAAUAACACAGACCAUAUUAACAAUCUGUAUUAUGAUUAUCUGUUAAAGUACCAUAUGGGGAAAGGGCUGUUAAGCAUGUUUACCAUUCAAAAAGAGCGAUUUUUUCGAACAAAUAUUUCAUGCUACAUUAUUGGAUACGGUUAAAAUAUCAUCCACUUUUGGCGAGCAAAACAAUCUACCUGAAUGUUCUAGCUACGUUGGAAUACAAAAUCAUAGAUUUCAUCAACUUCAAUGGAUAUAGUUUGCUUAUAGUAGUUUGUAGUAAAAAUAACGCUCAAUCAUACGUUCCGCAUAUUGUAAAAUAUUUUUAAAAAGAGCUUCCCUGUACCAUAAACAAUAUAGUUCCAAUU